AGACAAAAUCUUCUCUCGUCUUUCUUCUCUUCCUUACCCCUUUCUCUUAAGCAGCGCCAUGAAUAUGGCGUCGACCUCGGCGACUACCCUGUCUUCGCUUCAAGAGCUUGAAGGCGGCGCGGGUGUCAUACCGCACGAACCAUCUGUUCUCGCAGGUCGGUCCGGUGCCACCAGUAGCUCCCUUGGCUGGCAAGAUCCUCCGAGCAAUCUAGCCUUGGCCCAGGUCCACUACAUCGUCCGACAUGGCGAGCGCACGCCUGUCAGGUCCCGUCUUCAAAAUGCAGAUCCUCCUAUCCCGACGAGGUGGAACAUGUGCCAUGCUGGAAGACGUUUUAGGGCAGCCGUCAUUGACUUGGCCGCUGUCCCAACUCAGUCCUUCCCAGCAGCCACAAACGGUCAUGACGAUCUCCAAGGUACCGGACAAUGGGUCGAGGCAAGAGGCGAAGGAGAUAGGCGCAUCAGGGCACGAACGGAGCAUAUGCAAGUACAGAGGGCAGUUGAAAGCACAGACAAGCAAGAUCGACCGUUACAAGUGGAUACCGGCGAGUGCCUGCUAGGAGAGCUCACAGACUUGGGAAGGUCUUCGACAUUUCUUAUUGGUGCUAGGCUCCGAAACCUCUACGUGGACAAGCUCGGCUUUCUACCAAGGCAUUUGACACAGCAACAGGCCGAUCACGUCUAUUUCCGCAGCACAAAUAUGCCUCGCACCGUUGAAUCGCUGCAAAGCAUUGUGCGAGGUCUUCUCCCUGAGACAAGUGCAGCUCCCUCCAGCAUACCCGACAACGCUCCCUUUGUCCCCCUGAUUUUGACCCGCAAUGGCACGUCGGAGAAUCUGUUGCCCAACACGUUUGCUUGCUCACGGCUCCGUCAACUCGAUUCGGAAUUCUCAAAGAUGGCCGCCGCACUGCACAACCCAAGGCUGGUCAAGUACGAUGACGCCAUUGCACCGCACUGUGAUGGUCAGCCGCCCCGAGUGGACGGUCACCCAAGGCUCAAUGGCGUUCUCGACACUGUCCGAGCGAGCGUUGCUCACGGUCUUGCCGUCCCUAAAGCAUUCCAUGACAUCAAGAUGAUGGACGAUGUCGAGCGAGCCGUCGUUGACGAAUGGUUCAUGGGCUACAACGCCGACGAGCCUGCCAAACAGACACAAUUUCGCCGAUUGGCGAUGGGCAGGUUCCUCGAUGACCUGGCCUUGAGGAUGGGAUCCAAAGCAAUCAAGGAAGAGAGCGAACCACUCAAGCUGGCCAUCUAUUCGGCACACGAUACCAGCCUUGCUGGCCUACUUUCGACACUCGAUGUAUUUGAUCAACGUUGGCCUGCCUUUACCGCUUCGGUUGGUCUCGAGCUGUUCAAGGAUCAGACUAAGCCAAAGAACGGCUGGUUUGGACGUGGUCAAAAGCCUCAUUACGUUCGCAUGCGAUAUGGUGAUAAAACGCUUCGAUUACCUGCGUGUGUACGCGAGGGUGACCACUAUCCGGGCCACCAAGAGUUGUGCACCCUGGAGGCAUUUACCAAAACUGUCGAGUCGCUCCGACACCCGCAGGGCUACUCGUGGGAGAAGGAGUGCGAUGAGGGCAGACCAGCGCGGAGCUCAAAGUGAUUUGACUUCUGGCAAUAUACCACCGUUGUCCUUACAGCCUGUCAAAAUGGCGCACAAUUGACUGUGGCAUCCAAGUCAGAAGAAAGGUGAGGAAGAGGGGAGGUACUGAGAAAGGAACACCGAGAGAUCGACGGCCCAUUAAUCGCCCCUCGAUGCCAAACGCACCCAGCGUCGAGGUGGUUUCAUGCCGGGCCUAGAUGAAUCAUUUUGUGCUUGGCCUUCACUUUACUCGGUCUUCUUCCGUCUUUACGAUAGCAUAGAUUGUCUGGGUCAUUCGCCAAAAGCACACAUUCUCACUUCCUCGAGUUAGCAUUUCAAUGUGAUGAUUGUGCUCCUACA